AUGGCUGAACAAAUCGAACUCGUGUCGCCACCGUUCGAUAGUGUCUCGUCUGUGCGGUUCUCGCCGACUAAUCCGUCACAUCUGCUUGUGUCAUCGUGGGAUACGACGGUCCGGUUCUACGACAUCGCAGCAAAUGAACAGAAAUCAAAAUUCGAUCACCGAGCAGCUGUCCUAGCAUGCUGCUUCGCCGACGCGUCCCAUGCAUACAGUGGUGGCCUUGACACUUCGGUGCGAGAGUUGGAACUCGAGACGGACAAAAUUAAUCAUCUUGGGCAGCACUCAGACUCUAUCUCAAGCAUGAACUACUCCCGCGAUCUCAACGUCCUUAUCACAGGGUCUUGGGACCGGACAGUCCGCUUCUGGGACCCGCGUGCCUCGUCUCCACAGCAAGCGUCGCACGAUCUUCCCGAGCGCGUUUACAACAUGGACCUCGUGAACCACAACCUAGUCGUUGCGAUGGCGAGCCGGUUGUUCCACAUAUAUGACAUCCGCAAGAUGGAUUCCCCCGCGCAGACGAGGGAGAGCAGCCUCAAGUUUAUGACGAGGGCUUUGGCAUGUAUGGUUGACGGACAAGGAUACGCCACUGCGUCGGUGGAGGGUAGAAUUGCAGUGGAGUACUUCGACCCCAGCCCAGAGGCACAGGAGAAGAAGUACGCGUUCAAGUGCCAUCGUCAGACUAUUGAUAAUGUCGAUCACGUCUGGCCCGUCAAUGCCCUCGCGUUCCACCCUAUCUACAACACCUUUGCAUCGGCCGGUUCAGACGGCACGGUCUCCAUCUGGGAUCACAAGCUGAAGAAGCGCUUGCGACAGUAUCCAAAGUUCCACUCCGCGGUGCCGUCCGUCGCGUUCAACUGCGAUGGCACGAAGCUUGCUGUAGGCGUGAGCUACACAUGGGAGGAGGGAGAAGAUGGCGCGAAGGCUGCGGAAAGGCCUAGUGUUUAUGUGCGGACGACCGGGGACGAGGUCAAGCCAAAAGGAUGGACUGGCAGCUAG